UUAUGUAAAUCAUGCUAGAUCUUUUGUUCAAAUGGGAAAAUAUACUUCGGUGAUAUGUUAUUUCGCUGUUAGUAUCAGGGUUAACGAAUGAGUGAACUAGUGUAUAGUGAGUUCCGGUAUGUUUUGUGAAGAUGCCAGUUAUUUUUUUAUUCAGGUUCCUGCGUGCUUGCGCGUUAGCCUGUGGGGGUUUCGGUGGUCAGCGAGCUCUGUGUCCCCUUAGUACUAGAUAUCCAAAAACAAGGCAUUUUAGCUGCAACAGCAUUAUGUAUGCUAAAGCAUUUUAAUUAAUACACGAUGCGUUGACGUUGCAAUGUGGUUGUUAACAUUAUAGGCGUUCUAUGAGUUGAUGCAAUCACGGAUAUAUCCCCGGGAUUGACACGGCUGAGGAAGGAGAGAGGCCUACGGUGUAGGACUGACCAAGACAGGACGUGGAUAUUCGAGGUAACAGGCCUACGGGACAUGAGUGCUUCUGGAGCUGCCUGAGGACAGGACAGGACCAGGACCAGGGAACUAGGGAAACAUUUUUCCACGCCAUUCUCCACACCCUUUUCUAUUUUUUCUUUCCUUUUUCACUUGGUUGAUACUCAUCCACACCAUCAUCAUAGCAUCUCUUUAAGUGGAACACGUGUUUUGCAGUCCCUCAUCCAAACGAAUAUAUAUCCCAUUUUUCUCUGUAGAAGGGUCCCACUGAACCGGCAAAAUAAGUUUCCCCGUGCCCCCCCACUUGUCCCACCGCAGCCAGUCGUCCAGCCACUUCCCCCUGGAUCCGCACGGCAAACGCCCCCACUCCACCCCAAAACUGAAUCCCUACAGCCGUGCCAGGAUGACGGAGGCGUGGCAGCAGCAUGCCGUGGCCCCGCCCCCCCCGGUGGUUCACACCAUCCCGCCGGGGGCCGAGAGCUCCCUGGGCUGCGCCGUGUACGGCAUAGUGCUGCAGCCGGACCCUGCCCUGCAGCAGCAGCAGCCACAGCAGCCACAGACGCAGCCCCAAACACAGCCGCCGCAGCCGCACCACGGGCAGCAGCACGGCCAGCAGCAGCAUCCGGCUCAGGCGCAGCAGCCCUCCUUACAGGUAGGGGGCGAGGGCGGGCACAAGUGCGGCGCUUGCGGCCACGACAUCUCCCACCUGGCUAACCCUCACGAGCACCAGUGCAUGGUGAGUCAAGACCGCUCUUUCCAGUGCACCCAGUGCCUGAAGAUCUUCCACCAGGCCACGGAUCUGCUGGAGCACCAGUGCGUGCAGGUAGAGCAGAAGCCGUUCGUGUGCGGAGUGUGUAAGAUGGGAUUCUCCCUGCUGACGUCCCUGGCGCAGCACCACAACGCCCACAAUAGCACCAACCCCAUGAAGUGCUCCAUCUGCGAGAAGACCUACCGGCCAGGCUCCUCAGGCAACACCACCCCAAACUCUAGUGCCAACCCCCAACAGCCCUCUUCCGAUGCAGCCACAGCCAGUGGCAGCGCUGCGGUAGGCACCUCCUCUCAGCCGACCUUCGAGCCGUCAGUACCCGACAGGCCCUACAAAUGCUCAGUGUGUUCUAAGGGCUUCCGUCAUCUGUCCGAGCUGACGCGCCACGAGCGAGUCCACACCGGGGAGAAGCCGUACAAAUGUGAGACGUGCGAUAAGAGCUUCAGCCAGAUGUCUCACCUCCAGCAUCACCACCGCACGCACAGUUCUGAGCGGCCAUACAAGUGUGCUGUGUGCGAGAAAACCUUCAAGCACCGCUCCCACCUGGUUCGGCACAUGUACGCCCAUUCUGGUGAGCACCUUUUCAAGUGCAACCUGUGUGAGCUGCACUUCAAAGAAUCUUCUGAAUUGCUGCACCACACAUGCCAGCCUCAAGGUGCACGACCAUUCCGCUGCGCAACGUGCGGGAAGGGCUUCAAGCGGCCGUCGGACCUUCGCCAGCACGAGCGCACGCACUCGGAGGAGCGACCCUAUCACUGCGAGGACUGUCAGAUGAGCUUUAAGCAGCAGUACGCGUUGGUGCGCCACCGUCGCACGCAUAAGGCCUCUGCCGACCGCCCCUUCAAGUGCAACCUGUGUGACAAGGGCUUUCUUCAGCCCUCGCACCUGCUCUACCACCAGCACGUCCACGGCAUGGACAACCUUUUUAAGUGUGCUUCCUGCGGGAAAGGCUUCAGCCAAUCAGGAGAGCUUUUACGCCACAAAUGUGGCGAGGCCUCAUCGAGCAGUAACUCAGAUAAGCCCUACAAGUGUGACGUGUGCGGCAAGGGCUACAAAAAAGCGGCGACGCUGCAGCGCCACCAAAACGCGCACUGUGCUGAGAAGCCUCUGAAGUGUUCGCUGUGUGACCGCAGAUUCCUCUCCUCCUCCGAGUUCGUGCAGCACCGCUGCGAUCCGUCCCGCGAGAAGCCGCUGAAGUGUCCUGACUGCGAAAAGCGCUUCAAGUACACCUCGGAGCUGGCAAGACACAGGCGUGUGCACACAGGCGAGAAACCCUAUAAGUGCUCCAGCUGCGACAAGCACUUCAAACAGAGAGAGCACCUGGCCAAACACCAGAGCGUCCACGCUCGCGAUGCUCAGUUCAAGUGCGUGUGGUGCGGAGAACGCUUCGGAGACCUGGGGGCCCUGCAGGAGCACACAGUGCAGCACACCGCUGAGGGAGGGGGCUACCCUGUGCCCUCCCUAAUCCAGUGAAACCCACACCUCCCUCCCUCCCUGUGUGGGAAUGGCCGAUGAAAUAUUCCAGCUGGAGGCUGAAGGCUCCCUCCUAAUAUCCCAAAUCUCCACUUAGUCCCCACCCUCUUGCCAUCAACCCAGAGCCCCUCCACUCAGAUAAGAAACUACCUGUUCAUCAAGCAUCAAUGUAAGUGUUUGUGUGCGAGAGAGAUUUUUUUGUGGAAGAGGGAUGGUGCCACAAACUGAUCCCCCCCCCCCUUUUUUUUUUGAACAACAUGCUGUUGAAGGCUUUACUUUUUGACAUACUGUUCCUUCCUGAAGUACACACGCAUACAGACACAUACACACACACACACACACACACACGUCUCGAAUUAUGCUAAAAUACACUCACUCGCCUGUCCCUUUUAUUCUAAAACACAAUCGCUUACUCCCAUCAUGUUAACACACACACACACACACACUCACACCUGUCACAUCAUGCUGAAGGGAUGUGUUACUCAGACUGUCUCUUUUCGAGAUGAAGGAACAGGAAUGAGGAACGGUUCCCUUGUGGGCUCCAACAAAACGUUUCUCUGGUUGGUGGGGUAUUCCGGCUUCCAUCUCGCACACAAAUCCACCCCUACCCUCCUCCACACACACACACACACACACCUCACUUGGCCAUACAUGGUCCACAGGUCUAACCUGCCUCACUCACCCACUCACUCACAAGUCUUUGUCAUCCCAGCUGUUACUCACCUGUUCGUCCUUGUGUGUGUGGUGUUGCCGUCUGUGUGUGUGUGUGUGUGUGUGUGUGUGUGUGUGUAUGUAUGUAUGUAUGUAUGUAUGUAUGAAUGUGUGUCUGAGAGGGUGAAUAAAUAUCCACCCACAUAAGACUGCCUGUGAUAAUGACAACAGUAUUGGGUGAUUAGCUGUCCUCAAACUGAGGAAACCCAGCGCACCACUGUAAGUGAAAGCAUACUGUAUAAUUAUUCCUGUGUGUGUGUGAGUGUUUGUGCGCAUGUGUGUGCAUAAGUGUGAUUUUAACCUGUUUGCAGUUACUUGUUCCACAUACAACCCCAUAGCUAGUGUGAAAAUAUUUUAUAUUUUUUUGUUUGUUGAAUUUCUUUUGUUUUUAAACUUUAGGGGAAACAGAUGUUGUGCUGUCUUUAACUAAUACACGUUAGUGAGCGUGUCAGUCUGUCUGUGCCCCAGUGUCCAUGGCAGCCCGUCGUCUGUACCGAACUGUGCCGCGCUGCACCAGAUCUCGUCCCGCCGUAGCCUACGCUGCACCGGAUAGCGUCACCACGGCGACCUGUGGUCUGGACUGUACCAGAUCCCCAAGGGACAGCGAUUGGAUCGUGACCCUCACAGUCUACACAUUUCACUGCUAUAUACAUACAUAUAUAGAAGUUAUAUAGAAAUAUAUAUUUCACUCUUCAUAUUCCCACACACAGAUCAGUCCUGAACAAGAUUUCCUCUUCUCUAUUACUGUAUGUACAUAGAUAGUAUGUAUGCCAACUGUUUACCAGUUCUGUCGUAGAAAGAAAGGAAAAAAAAAAAGAUUGCAUCGUCUUUCUAAACUGCAUUAUCUAUUUUAUAUGUAACUACUUUUUAUUAUGUGACUUUUUUGAUUCAUAUUAUUUCUCUCUCUCGUAGUGGUAGUUUUGAUUGUGAUGGUGUGUUUAAGUGUAAAGGAAGUGGUGUUGUGUCAUGGGCUCUGCACCUCCAUCAGUUAGUCUUUCCUCCCUGUGAGGCACGUGAAUGGUUGAACCUUUUUUAAUCUUUACGCUAAUCUUUUUUUUUGGUUUUUAUACUUCUGAAGGUUUUUUUUAAAAAAAUUUUUUUAUGUUUGCAUAUGGCCUCAGACCUAUGUUGGUGAGCUCCAUAAGUCUCGUCUGUCCACAAAGUUCUUUGCUUAUUGAUGUGUAUAUUUACACACACGCACACUUCUGCUGGCCCUUCAAUGAUCUUGUCAUAUGUUUGUCAGUGUGAGUCCAUCUGCAUUGACUGCUGGUGGAGCACUCCCCUGCCCCUACAAUCCAGAUGGCUGCUGACUGCCACAGAUCUGGCCUUGAUUGGGACGGGUCUGACUGAAGCCUGGGGAGUAUUCGAAGUAUGUGAUUUAGUGACAAACCUGGGUAAGUUAACUCAAAAAUAAGUGGUAAACCUCCUAAAAGAAGACCACUGACUCUGACAGACCCAGGUUUGUCACUAAACCGUGUACUUUGAAAAUACCCCCCAGGUCAGCGUCAGAUCCUGCAUCAGAGUCUGCAUCUGUACGUGAGGAGACUCGCUCACCAAAACCUCAAGCAACAAGUCUAAAUGCUAGUAGUUGGCUGUAUGUUGGGCCUUCAGCGUUGACACCAGAUACGUUUCUUGUGUGGCAGAGGCUCUUCCUACAUAUUUUCUUGAAGUUGAAGCAGCGCAUCACUUUUAAGGAAUAGUUUCAAGGGAAAAAUUAUAGUAAUGUGUUCUGUGAGUUGAGCGUACAAAUUCAAAGCAUUACACAUAGAUAUGGUCACUGAAAGGGUUUCCAUUGACUUUGCCAAAUGUAAGACAUCAUUUGUAUUUUAAAUCAGAGGAUAUACAAAGCUAAGAUAAUUUCACCAUUAAGCAAUGUCAAAGAUGUAAGAUUUAGGUCAAAAUCAUGGUUUGUGGUUGAGACCCUGAAAGCACAGGAAAACCUACCGACCUUUACUUCCAGGCAGUUGAGCCUGACAAAGCUUUAGUAAGUCAUUCGGUUAGGGGUUCUCCCCAAUCAGAAAUCACGCAGCAACUUGUCUGUUUUGUUUUAUUGUUAACCGAGUUGUGGUGGAGCUGAAAGUUGUGCAGUAUUACCAGAGGCCACGGAUCUCCCUUGCAGUCAAUAGCAUUAGCAGUAUGUUGUAGUAGCUAGACCUACUCUACUAGGAGGCCGUCUGUAAUACUGUCAGACGGUUACCCUGAUGCUUUCUGCAGGUUUUUCACCUGCAUCACAGUGACGGGCAGUUAGCAGUACUGUCAAUUGUAUCAGUGUGAUGCUGUAAUAGUUUCAGCUACCUGAUUAUUUGUGCAGCAAGGUCAGCUACAGCACUGAGCUGUAUUUGCAACAGCUGCACUCGUGCAACGCUGUCUGCAAUAACGCUGGCUCUGUUAGCAGUGCUGUGGUCUGCAGUAGGGCAACAGUUUGAUUCUGUUGUUUGCAGUGGACUAUCCGCUGGAACUCUUUGGCCUUAAAUGGGGUGUCAGGUUGGAUUCUGAACCCAGCUUAUGCUCCACGUUUUUUUUUUUCUUCUUCUUCAUAAUCCCAUAUAUUGUGUGUUUGUUGUGCCCAUUUCUGAGUAUAAGGUUUUUUUUGUUUGUUUGUUAUUGCUUUUUUUAUGCUGAGAUCUCCAGGCAUUAAGACAAGGUUGACAUCAAGUGGGGUUAAAUGAAACUAUGUAUGUCAAAUGUUUUUUAUGUUCUCAAGUUUGCGUUGUAUAUUAAUUUUUUUAUUAAUAUUGUUUAAGAUCUAUAUAUAAAUAUCUAUAUUCUGGGUUGAGAGUAAUCAGAGAGGCAGGGGAGAGGAUGAGGGUGUCAGUAGUGGUGUCAUUGGAAAGAGCCUGACCUUUGACCUUAAGAAGUAUUAGCAUGUGGCUCCUCCCCCCAAAACCUCUGUGGCUCCACCCUGUGCAUGCCUGCUGUGUUAGUUCCUGUAGUCUUUCUCGGUAUCUGCGCCAUCUGGCGCAUUUACCUACUCUUUAACUUUUUUUCAAAUUGUAGAUUGUGGAUGAGCUAGUUAAAUUACAUCAUGUGGCAAUGGAUGUGUACAUUCAUGCUCAAAUAUCUGUAUGUAGCAUUUAAUAUACACAGCACUAACAAAUAAACCUUUUCAUUAAUAAUA